CGGCACGUCUCUGACAUGUUCCUUAUGCUGAAGUUCAUAAUUUGUUUACCUUUUUUGACGAUUAGUAUGUAAAUUUAUGGCUUAAAAACGAAACAAUAAAGAAAAAUGAGCGCAGAGGAAGACUCAGAAGAUGUCAAAUCUUUAGAAGAUCGUCCAGCAAGUAGUAACGCCGAACUUGAUUACGAAUCGGAUGAUAGCGGUGAGACGGAAAAUUCGGACCGAGAAGAGGUCGCGUCACAUUUGACAGUUGGAUCUGCGAAACCAGUAAAAGGGGAAGCGUUCUGUGACUGCUAUAAAACUGGGAGAGAAAAGGAGUGCGUGUGUGGAGAAGAUGAUUCUUGUAAGUAUUUUGAAUGGACCUGGGACAGUGGUUCAAAAUCUGCCGCAAGCUUUCUGAAACACGACCAGCGUGAGGUAGUGUUCCAUGUUGACUACAGUUGUGGUACAGCUGCUGUGAGAGGCAGUCAGCCAAUGUGUGAUGACCAGUACUACUGGGAAGUGAAGAUGACCACUCCUGUGUAUGGCACUGACAUGAUGGUCGGUGUUGGAACUGUUGAUCUAGACCUGAACAAGUAUCGACACAAGUUCUGCAGCCUUGUGGGCAGGGAUGCAGAAAGCUGGGGCAUGUCAUACACUGGCAUGCUGCACCACAAGGGACUCAAACAGAUGUAUGCCAGCAAGUUCGGCCAAGGAACAAUUAUUGGUGUCCACUUGGAUAUGUGGCAUGGGACCUUAUCAUUUUAUAAAAACAGAAAACCACUUGGUAUAGCCUACAGGGGCCUUCAAGGGAAGAAGCUUUACCCGGUCGUCUCCUCGACAGCGGCGCGCAGUGGAAUGAAAGUGAUUAAGUGCAGAUCGUUUAAGACUUCUCUCCAGUUUAUGUGUUGUCAAGUACUACGGACUGUUAUACCCCGACAUUUAGAUGUACUCAAAGUCAUAGACAUGCCGCCCGGGCUCCGGGAAUUCCUUGAAAAUAACAUGAGCUGGCUUCUGCAGCCAAACCCCAUUGAGAGCCCCACUCCGUCAUAUUCUGAAAUGUUCAUGAGGGGGCAGGGAGUGAAGCGCAAGUUUUCAAGUUCGGACGACGACUGUGAUGGAUCUUCUACGAGUAGUAAAAAUGCGAGAUAACUAAAUUAGUGGAUUCAUACUAGGAGAGUCAUAUCUGAAUUGUUUAACAAAAAUAAACUGUUCAUGUUAUUCUGUCAUAUUCAUGUUGUAUAGGACACACAUGCAUUGUGUAUUAUUUUGGAACUCUCACUUCAAGUUUUUAAAAAUAUUAUCUAGAAAAUGUGAGAAAACUUAAUUACCGUAGAGGAUUCAUACUAGGAUUAUCAUAUCUAAAUUGUUUAACAAAAAUUAAAUGUUCAUGUUAUUCUGACAUAUUCAUGUUGUAAAGGAAACACAUACAUCAUGUAUUAUUUUGAAAUUCUCACUUUAAGUUUUUGGAAAAAAAAUAUCCCAAAAACGUGAGAUAACUAAAUUAGUUGAUUCAUACUAGGAAUACAUGUAUCGUAUCUGAAUUGUUUAACAAAAUAAACUGUUCAUGUUAUUCUGUCAUAUUCAUGUUGUAUAGGACACAACAAAUACAUUAUGUAUUAUUUUGAAACUCUCACUUUCAGUUUUUGAAAAAAUUAUCUCAAAAAUGCGAGAUAACUAAAUUACCGUAGAUGAUUCAUACUAGGAUUAUCAUAUCUGAAUUGUUUAACAAAAAUAAACUGAACAAGUUGUUCUGUCAUAUUCAUGUUCUAUAGGACACACAUACAUUAUGUAUUAUUUUGAAACUCUCAUUUAUAAGUUUUUGAAAAAAUUAUCUAAAAAAUGAGAGAUAACUUAAUUUUUGGAUUCGUACUAGGAAAAUCAUUUCUGAAUUGUUUAACAAAACAAACUGUUCAUGUUAUUCUGUCAUACUCAUGUUGUAUAGGACACACAGACAUUAUGUAUUAUUUUGAAACUCUCACUUUAAGAUUUUGAAAAAAAUAUAUUUCAAAAUCACUUUUAACUGAGGCUGGAAAUGGGAAUAAGGACCUCUUUCCUAUUUAGGUAUUAACUGUAUUAAUUUUACACUGAAAGCAUUUUUUUGCAUUGGUUGAAAUUAGCACAAGCUUUGCACUGGUUAAGUGCUUCGUGGGCUUGCUUUCAUUCCGGAUUUUAUACAGCAGGGCUAGUUUUGUUUUUUUUAAUUCAAGUAAAAGUGUAAGAAAUUAGGUUUGUUCGUUCUAAAGUCUAGAUUCAAUGACUGUUUUGGACAUUUUUUUAAGUCAAAGACACUCAUUGAAAUUGUGAUAUUUUUUUUCAAGUAAACCCAAAUACUUUUUAUUCAUACUAUUUAAAAAUCAUAACCUACACGACUCUGACUGGAAAUUUGUUGAUAUAUGUAUAUAAAUAAAAUACACACAUAAAUAUAUAGAAAUAGUGGAUAAACAGUCGAAAUUUGUUGGGUCAAUAUUGUUUGGCUCAAUUUCAUUUUUAUCUCAACUGGAUGUAAAGGAACAAUUCUUUUUUUACUCUAUGUAAGCCUUCCGCUUGGCUCAAAAUUUGUGAGGCUCAGAAGUAUUUUGCAGGUCCUUGGGAUAUCGGGCCAACUAGGCUUUUUUAAAAGACCUGACUUGAUUUAAGCUUGCGGGCUUGUGUUAAGUUCAUUCACUGUUUUCCAUACUUAAUUACAUGUUUAAUUCAUUACUUAAAAUAAAAGUAUAUACAAUUGUUCUGAUUCAAAUUAUUUUAUUGUUUCAUGUGUCUUAGGUAAUGAAAGUUUGAUCUGAUAAAGAUAUUAUUGUUUUCAUUUCUUGGCCUUUUUAAAGAUAUUGACAUAAAUGUUAACAUAUAAAUGUUUAUACAUUUAAGCUUAUUUUGACAGUGUUUCGGUGAUAUGUUGCAUUGCAUUUUCAAAUACACAUUAUACUUUUAAUAUUCUCUAUUCGUCUAAAUUUUCAAAAAAACAUGUACCGGGGUAUUAUCAAUUAAAUUUUCAGAGGAAUUCUGAGCAAUGCUCUUCAUAGUGUAGGUUUUAUCUUGUAGAAAAUAGAAGCAUUUAAGAAAAAAUGUCAAGUUAUUGUUAUAGCUUUAACAUUGUUGUUGUCAUCAAGGUCAGGAAACUUUGGCCUUAACCAAUAUAUAAAAUGUUACUGGUAGCUUGUGGUUGUUGCUUUAUCAUUAUUGACACUCCGGUUUUGUUCAAAUUUGAAGUAAGGGGAGCCGUUUUGAUAACAUCCCUUUGACCCCAAUUUUGGGCCCCCGGGAACUAAUCGCGGAAAUGGUUUCAGCCCUUCAGCUGCCAAGUCAAUCUAAUCCAUGAAGAUAUUAACAUAAAAUGUUGUCCACAUGCUUUAAGUGAUAAUAAGAAUACGUAGAAACAAGGUCCAUAACUAGUAAUUGUUGAUUUAUCUGUCCUUACUUGAAUGCAAAGAAACAGAUGAUCAUUAUUAUCCUCUUGUUGAGCUCUUGUUUAAUUUUCUUUUAAACAACUAGUACUGUUUCCAGUAUUGACUUUCUUAAUUUUAAAGAUGCACUCUAACUCCCAAAUAAGCAGUACCGCAAUUAAUACAAUUGUUUUUAUUUAUUGAAAACAUGAAAAAAAUAUCGAAAACAGUGGUUCUUAUGAAGGAUACAUCACUCAAAAUGUAUUUUUGUUAUACAUGUAUGUAUUGACUUUAAAUACUAGUAUCACUUUCAGCAGCACAACUCAAUUGAUUAUUAAUGCAGAUACCAGGGGGCAUGAUUAAUGAACAAUCUCAUGUCUGAGUUCAGACUCAAGUGGCAAAACUGCAAAUCUUCAUUAUAUUUAACUUUUAUUCUUGUUGAGUAUUGAUGAUGACAUUUCCUGAAUUUUAUAACUAUUUGAUAUUGUACAGUUCUUAACAAAACAGGUGGAAAAGGAUGAUUGUUUGUAAUUUAAUUAAAGUGCUUUUCUCAAUCUGAGACUGUUCUUAAUUAUGAGUCAAGUUCUAACAAAUGUACAUGUAUGAGUUGUUAAUUCUGUCGAACUGUCUUGGGUGUAAUAGUUAAUUUCUGGUCAUAUCAGACACAGCCAGCUUGAAUUUGUAAAUAACGCUUUCAAUUUAUACAGUGAUCUUUUUAAAGGCAAAAUUAAACUAAAAUUCCUGAUCUUACGAUAUUCGAUCGUACGCUCAUUGACAAAAUGGCCAUUAUGUUUGAAAAGCAUAUUACCGGUAGGUAUAUGCAAGUUUAUGUGGAUUUAAAGAUUAACAAAUACUUUUUGGUGCAAUGACUUUAUAAUUUGGUCAGUAGGUAUAUCAUUGUAUGUAUGUAUAUAUACAUGUAUAUAUUUAUUCAAAUAAAUAAUUAACGACAUCACAUUAGUUUAUCCUAUUUUGUUUACAAAUAAAAUAGAACAAACCCAUAUGAUGUUGUUUAUUUUUUAUUUUUUUGAACCUGCACACCUUCAUAUGUGUAAAGUUUUGUUUCAUUUGAAAAAAAAUGUCACUGUUACUAUAUAUCAGUAUUUAGUGUAAAGUAUGUUUCAGAUUGUCUGUUUUUAAGAAGAUAAGUUGGGAAAUUGUCCUAGCCUUGAUGUUGUUGGCAUUGUGUAAAAACAUCAAACUUGGCCUUAACCUUUCAAGAUAUUCAAAUGAAAUUUGGUACACAUGUUGCUAGAGGCAUAACACAUUAUGAUAACCAAGGUAUAUAACUCUUGCUUUAAUAUUUUUCGAGUUAUGCCCGCUUUUAGACUGAAACAACAUCAACAGUUGGUGUUUGCUCCAAGGUGCUCUUGUAUUCUUAUGUUUAAUAACCUUUUAAUACUUACUUAUAAGUGAGAAGUUUAUUUCUAAACUAUUGACUAAUGCCUAAUUAUUUAUUUGAUUACCGCUUUUCCUUAAAGUUUAUUUUUAAACUGUUGACUAAUGUAUAAUUAUUUAUUGGAGAUUACCGCUUUUCCUUAAAAAAUGACAAAGAUGAACAAUUUAAUGAGUAUAGCCAAACAGAUUAAUAUGUUUGUUUGUUCUGUUUUGUACUUAAAAUGAAAAAUGUUUGGGUAUUGCCAUAUGUAUUUGUUCCUGCCGUCAUCGAGUCAUGGAAAAACUUACUGCAGUCAGUCAAGUAAGGCAAUCAUUAAACUUCAGGCAUACUGUUUCUCACUGUUGACAUUUAAUUAAAGAGUGUUUUAUUUGUUUCAUUCGUGCGUUAAGUUCAAUGUUAAAAUGGUAACCAAUGGGCACAGCUCUUACCAUGCAAUAAGUAGCGUGUAUAUAAGUUACAGUAAUUCAAUAUAUGCAUGCUACUAAUUACACAGUAAGCUUGACAAUAUGCUAUAACACAGUUCCUUCACCCACUUCACUCAUCAUUGAAAAUAUACAUAACUUAUGAUUUUUCAAUUUGUGUAUAAAUUAAAUAAUUCUGUUACAGGAUGCAGUUACUAUAACUUGUAACAAGACCAUCACUCUGAUUAAAUUGAAUGCCAUAAUCUUUGGCAGACUUGGAAAGUACAAAAGUGUGGCAUCCAAUCUCAGUGUACUAGUGUCUUUCUCAUUAUACAUGCAAAAAACAUAAUAAUUUCUUAUCAUAAAUUCUACAUAUUCUGCACAAAUCCAUCCCAUGAAUUAAAGCUGAUCUCACAUGGAUUGAGUGUUACUAAGGCUUUAAGAAAAAUAUGUUUUGGGGCAGUUUACCAAACAAUUGAGAUCUGUUCUAUUGUGUGUUAUCUAUUAUGACUGAUGCCUAAUUGAGCUGAUUCUAAAACAAACAAAAAAGAAAUAAAAAAGGUCAAAACUGUCAAUUUGUGAGAGUGCAGCUUUAAUUGGUGUAUGUUACAAACAGUUGAAUAUGUCUUGGGAUUUUUUCCCUUUGAACAAGCAUUGUGUGAUUGUAAAUAGUAGAACAUUUUUUCAUGGCAUUCAAUAAUGCUAUGGGUUUGAUCAUUGAAAGUGGGUUUGUUCCCUUUGAAAUUGAUGGUAUCAAUAAUAAUUCCUGACACAUACUGUUACUUGAUCAUGGUAGCCAAAAAGUCCUCAUUUGUAAUAUUGUCUGGCCAAAAAAUAUCAACAUGGGAACAGGUUAUGAUUAAUAGAUUAUCUUAACACCCACUAUAUAAUCAUUUGUGGUGCCCUGACAUUUAGAGUAAAGUCCCAUUUCAUCAGAGUUAUUAGGGUGAUUAGGAAAAGUGUUAUUCACACUGUAUCAAAAAAGGUCACCGGCACUUUCUAACAAAAUUACUAGGGUAUUAUUCAUGUGGUGGCAAAAAAAAUAAAAAAAAAAAUUCUUCAUUGCAAAAACUCAAUAAGUGCUUUUAUAAAUACAGGAAGAUAUUAAAUCAGCCGCUUGUUCAGAACCUUGUUAUAGUUAACAACAUAAUUGGCAACAUAAUUGUUAACUCAUUGUUAACUUUUGAACCUAAAAUAUUUGAUGAUAUGCCAAUAUAUAUAAAUAAAUCAAGAGCAGUAAAGACUUGAAAGUUAACAAAGAUGACGUUAACAACGCUGUUAACUUUAACAAAGUUCUACACAAUUGGCCAUUGAGUUAUUGUAAUUUAGGUGACGAUUGGUAUGUCUUUGAAUUGUUUGCCUAAUGUUUACUGCUUUAAGAUUUUUUUGUACUUACGAUAGGAAUUAUGUUUAUGAUAAUCUCAAUAAACCAUUUUUCAUUUAUCAAAAUUCAAUUCAAGUAUGAUUUUUGGCUUAUUUAAAUAAGCUACUUAAGCCUGUUAAGCUUAUGAAGUUUUGCGAAAUUUGGGCUUGAUAUGUUCCUCUUUAGAUUUGAAGAAAAUAUCCUAAAAAGAUUGUUAUCACCUUCAUUAUUGAUAUGUUUCUGCAAACAAAAAGUUAGGGUCAUUUUUCAAAUUAAAAUUCUUAUUUUUUAUAAAAAAUUAUAACACUCAUUUGUAAAAAAAUCAUCUUUUUAAGAACUCUUAAGACCACAUCAAUUAUCGUUGCAUUUCAUUUUUGUAUCAUUGCUUUGGGGGCGAAGGUUUUAUAAUGUACAAACUGUUCUGGUAAAGCCUCAUUUUGUGAAUAUCUUGAAUUUGCCAUUUUUAGCUCAUCUUUUGAACAAAGGAUGCGUGUAAUUGUCUUAGCCUUUGCGUCCUUGUCCGCGUGGUCAUUGUGCAAAAUCUUUGAUUUUGUCUGUAACUCAAAAGUAAACAUGUUCAAAUUUAUUUUGAGCUUUACAAUAUGCAGUUUUAGUAUUCAAAAACAUGUUUGGUUUCAAGAUUUUCAAAUGCAGAUUGAUGCACAUGUUGCCUGAGACAAUUUGCACAUGCAUAUGAAGGCCCAUUACUCUGAUUUAAAUAAUUGCUGAGUCGUUUCUUUUGAUUGACUAAAAAACAGACCAGCGAUGGUGUUCGCUCCGGGGGAUUCUUGUCGACAAUUUUGUUAUUUGAUUCAUUGUUCAGUUGUAGACUAGUAUUGCAUUGAAACUGAUGGUCCAUUUUGAUUUGUUAAAGAGAAUAUGUGAAAUAAACUGUUUAUACAUGUUGAA